AUGGGAGAAAUAUUCUCAACAUUUAUAAGACGUGAGAGCUCCUUCUCCCACACUUGGACGGCUUUGGAGCUCCUGCUGGUCGCCCUGACUUGCACCCUGUUGACUUGGUACUUGCAGUUUCUCUGGAGCAGAAGGAAACUCUACGAGUGUUCCAGGAAACUACCAGGACCAUUCGCUUUUCCUUUGGUGGGAUCAGCUCUACACUUCAUCGGCAGCCCAUACGACAUAUUUUCCAACAUUAUGAAGAUGUACAAUCAAUAUCCGGGCAUAUUCCGUGUCUGGUUCGGUCCUAGAUUGUUCUACGCCGUCUCCGAUCCCAAAUACUAUGAAAUAUUACUACCCCAUUGUUUGGCUAAGGAGAGGUGGUACAAAUACUCCGAAGCGGCUAUUGGUCAUGGAUUAUUCGCAGCCCCCUUGGACAAGUGGAAGAGGCACAGGAAAAUCAUAAUGCCGACUUUCAGCCAAAAAAUUCUAGAUGGGUUCGUGGAGAUUUUUUCGGAGCAGUCCGAGAUUUUGGUAGAGCAGAUGAGGAAGUUUGCAGGGGAAGGGGAGUUUGACAUAUUCGAUAUUAUGUCGAAAUGCACGUUAGAUAUCAUCUGCGAAACUGCAAUGGGGGUGAAAGUAAACACCCAAACUAGUGCCGAUACGUCACUUUCUACGUGCAUUGACAGAAUACUGGAAAAUAUUUUUCUCCGAGCUUUUGUGAUUUGGUACCACUACGACGCCAUUUUCAAUCUCACAGCUAGGUCCAAGGCAUAUAAAGCUUCUCUAAAAAUCCUACAUGACUUCUCUGGCUCAAUCCGAAGGAAAAUACCCCCAAAUGAGGGUAAAACCACCCCUAAGUUCAACCAUCGGGUUCAAAGUACAUAA